UCGUUGAACGCAAAGCUGGGCGCUGUAAAGCCGUGGUCGGCGUCGGCGACCUCGCGGGGGACCAGCUUUGGCGAUCGGGGUGUACAUGUGCCAAACACGCCAUUGGCCUUGCGUUGCGCCUAGCUUGAAGCCUUAACCCUUACCUCACGAGAAAUGGUUGAGGUUUAAUGCUAUUUAGCGUCUCAGAGACCUCCGCCGCUGAACGGCGGCAGUUUCCGAAACAGGCCCAAUCAGCAUGCGGUACGCCGAUUCGCUGCCCAGCCUGCUUUAGCAUAGCUCAUGCGCAGCCAGUGAGACACAAUCUCUCCUGGAGUAUGACUGAACUUGUCGUCCGACACAGAUACUCCCUGUGCCGAGCGUUUCUCGAGAGCAUGUCUAGAGACCUUCCAUGGAGCAAUUAGAGGAAAACGCCUGCCUCAUCCGCAACCGUGCGUAAAAGUUCGCAAGAGACGCAACAUGAAAGCUGCGCGCAGCCACCGCGCGCUUGCCGACGCCACGCCUGCACAGCGCGCCCUCAUCUCAGCGAUUCAGUUCCCGGCCAGGUGAAGCUUCUCGAUGCGCUCCUUAAAUCGCGAGGGUGACCGGCGGCGGUCACGCUGACCAGCUUUCCGCUCGCGGCAGACAAGACCAUCACGGGCUUACAGCAGUCUGGCAUUCCCGUGGUCGCCGCGGGUCGUCUCGACGAUGAGGCGGACGAGGCGAUCGGCUCGUAUGCAGGGGCUUUCCCCGACUGCAGCGGCGGCGGCGCUGCGGCCGACGGCCCGCCCCUCCGGUACCUGGCUGGCAUGCACACGGGUAUCAUGCGGCACGAGCACGGAACCAAGCCGCGGGACAUCACACCAGCAUGCAGACCAUCGGACAAGACCAUCACGGGCUUACAGCAGUCUGGCAUUCCCGUGGUCGCCGCGGGUCGUCUCGACGAUGAGGCGGACGAGGCGAUCGGCUCGUAUGCAGGCAGGUCACGGCACCGGCCCUCGUUACCUACUACUUGAUGGCUUGCACGCGUCACGGGAUAUUAGCAGCAAUCAUGAGAAAUACUUGCUAGUAAUGGCUAGAAAAUCUGGAAUUAGGCAUGAGGUCUGGAUACCACUGCGUGCCGGUGUGACAACUUCAGUAUGACCUGUCCACGCACUCCAUCCUGCGCUGAGCCUCCAUACCGUAACACCACGCUUGCACACGUGCGCGUACCUAGGGGCUUUCCCCGACUGCAGCGCCGUUGCUGCAGUACGGGAACGCCCCUUACGCGCACGUGUGCAAGCGCGGUGUUCCGGUAUGGAGGCUCAGCGCAGGAUGGAGUGGACAGGUCAUACUGAAGAUGUCACACCGGCAUGCAGUGGUAUCCAGGACCUCAUGCCCACCUUCUAGCUAUUACUACCGCUACCAUCACGUGACGCGCGCAAGUCGUCAAGUAGUAGCUAGCGAAGGGCCGCCGCAACCUGCCUGAGUACGAGCCGAUCGCCUCGUCCGCCACAUCGUUGGGCCGGCAAACGCGACCCGCGGCGACCAGGGGAUGCCGACGGACUGCUGAAAGCCAGUGAUGGUCUUGUCUGCCGCGAGCGGAAAGCUGAUCAGCGUCCCCGUAAUGGGGGUUGUGGCUGCUGGGUGGAUGCAUGCUGCAUUGCUGCAUGCACGGCGUCCUGCGUGGUAUUGGUGGUGGCGUCGGAAUUGGGGUGGCGCGCCCGGCUGCUGGCCAAAACAAGCCGUCGCCUGCCGUGCGUUGUACAGCACCAACUACCGUAAUAGCGGGCUACGUACCGUAUUCGGCGCUGGUGCAUUGCCACGACCAAUGCUGGUGCAUUGCCACGACCGAUUCUGGUGCAUUGCUACGACCAGUGUGGAACUGUGGACGCAAUGCAUGGACGCGGUGACCCCACCGUCCACUGGGCAGUAAAACACGCCGCGUACGAUACAGUGUAGUAGUAACGCGCUGUGAAGACUGCUGCCUACGUAACGCCCUGGUAGUUGGUACGCGCUGAGUACUCGCACUCGACAUGCCCUGCUUUUAUAUGUGAAGAACUGAAGGGUAGUGACGCGCGUGAUCUUUCAUAUCAUCAACUCAUCAAGGGAGAGUAAACUAGCUAAGCGGUCGGUGUUCAGUUUUUGAUUGAGGCGCGGUUGAUAACCACAGUGGCAACUGGGGACGGCAAGGAGGUGGCGAAUUGGCGAGGGCAAAAGGGAGGGCGCACCUCCGGACAAGCAACCCGUUGAUCAUCAUUGCUUGGUACGCUACCUGCUGUAUGUGUGCCGGCACGUGGUCCGGUCAGUAGCAGCCCCAUGGAUUGAUGGUGCACACGUGCGUGUGCCGGACAUGCAUGUACGCUAGCUGGAUGGCUGUGCGUGCGUACGUGUGUGCACUCCUCGGGCACUGACAGAGUGAGGCAGUGGCUGGUGAUGACAUGCCGUGCGUGGUGUGUGGUGGCUCGAUUUUGCGAGGGCUUUCAAAGUGUCUUCAGUUUCGUGUACACCUAUCCUACGCAUGAAAUGAAUGUGCAUACUAGUGCUAAAGCUGUCGGUAGUGCCAGCUACCGAUGCAGGAUGUAUGUGUUGACCAAGAAUGGGUGGGCGGUGCAUGCGGAAUGCUCAUGCUCAUGCACAAUCGCCGAGCACCGGCUUAUGGUGUUUCGAAGAGCAGCAAUCCCACCCUCACUGAUGUCAUAAUUAGCACCUUUAUGAAUG